AAAUUUCAGUCAAGUUAUUCAUAACCUACAAAAUUCAGGGGUUUAUUUUAAAUAAGUGCUUUAGAAGUAUAUUUUAAUGCCAUGAAAGUACCGAAAAUUCCCGAGUGGGUUUCCACUCUGUCCCUAGAGCAGGCGGUCCAUUCCAUUCUGGAGAGUGGGGACCAGGUCCUGGCGCUCAUUCCCAGCGUCCAUCUGAUCCAGUUUCGCAACUGCACUGUCCUCCUUCCCAUUCAGGUGAAGGUUCAGCUGCAGGACUUAACGGUGAGGAAGGUAUUCUUUCUGCUGAAGGCGCAACAUGGCAACGACUUCCAAGCGAGAGUGAUGAGUCAGUUGAGAAUGUUCACCCGGGAACACCAGGUCUACCAGAAUAUCCUGCCCAAGUUCGAGGAACUCUACAGGGAGGUGGGCAAGAAGAUAUCCUUUGGCCCGAGAGCUUUCAAGCUUGACCACAACAUCGGAGUUCAGUACGUACUGCUGGAGGACCUCAAGGCCCAGGGUUACAGAAACGUGGGGCGGCAGGAAGGCUUCAAUUUGGAGUGCCUGAAGCAAGUGCUCAAGAUGUUGGCCCAAUUCCAUGCGGCCUCCGUCGUAUAUGUGGAAAGAAAUGGCGCAUUCAAUAAACUCUUGGCCAACGGAGUCUACACAAAGACCAACCGCCUCGUCCUUCGGGAACUCAACGAUCCGGAUCUUUUCCUCUCACAGCUGCGACGUUGGCGAAUGGGUGACCAAUUCCACAAGCGGUUCGUGGACAAGGAGCAGGACCUCGUCGAUCGGUUACUGGAGCUCCAUGCCCCCAAAUCCGAUCAGUUCAACGUUCUGAAUCACUGCGACUGUUGGGUGAACAACGUGAUGUUCAAGUUUGACGACGCGGGUCAUGUGGAGGACACCGCUCUGCUCGAUUAUCAGCUUGUCAAAUACGGCUCUCCGGCUAAUGAUCUGUACUAUGGCAUCUUGUCAUCAGCCGAAAAGGAAAUCAAGCUAUCCCAGUUCGACAACAUGGUGCAGUAUUACUUCUACCAUUUGCUGGAUAACCUUAAAAUUCUCAACUGCCAAGGGACGCUUCCGCAACUCCAGGAUAUUCGCGAUGACCUGAACAAAAACGGCCUGGCUGCUUAUGUGGUCGUGACUAGGGUGUUGCCUAUAGCAAUGAUGAAUCAGUUCGAGGACGAGGUUAACGACCGAUAUGCUUCCAAAAUGAAGUGCGCCAUGUUCACCAAUCGGAAAUACAUACAGGCGAUGAAAGAUAUCCUGCCUUGGAUGGAAGAACGGUCCCUGCUCAAUUAGGUCUACAUCUAUUUUAUAAUUUAUGUCACUUUAAGGUACUAAAUGCUAUUCUUUAAUUUUGUAGUAUUCAUGUUAGCCAAUCAAAGAUGAUAAGCCAGGGAACCAUCGAAACUUUGUAUUUAUGCUGUCUAUACAAUAAAAAUAUUAUUAAUACAAUAAUCAA